CUUCCUCUCGCUAGCUUUUGGCAGUCUAAAAUGUUGUGGCGCUGCUCAGGUUUGAGUUAACACACGUCCUUUACUUCUACAGCAAAGUGAACCCUACAGCUAGCUCAAAUUUAGCCUUCUGCAAUGGCCUGUAGGGUUUUAAGUUUCCAUGAGAUUUGCUGACCAAGUAACUUAGAGUUUUUCAAAUGUCAUGGCAUUGCCGUGCGGCUUAUUCACUUUUCAACCACCCUUUUAGCGCUAGGCUAUGGCGUCCGGUUCUCGAACCCUACAUUUGACGAGGAAACAGUCCGCUGGGCGCCAACGAGCGUCCUCUCUAGGCUUUGUGUUGGCCUGCAUAGUUUUGGUGGGAUGCACAAGUGUAGCAGGUAGAAGUAUUGACAGGGCCGCGCACUUUGCAAGCAGACGGGACGACGAGAAUGGCAACAGCAAUAAUAACAACAAUAAUAACAACAACAAUAACAAUAGUAACAACAAGUGCUGUAUGGGCCAGCUUGGGCUGUCAGCAGAUACAUGCAAGGAGGAUUGCAAGACCUUCUGUGUGUGCACGUCAGACAGAUGCGAUGUGCAGAGCUGCCCUCCCGGGACGCUUUACAACGUGGGCAUCGCAAUUUGCGACGCUGCUUCGAACGUGGCGUGCGGGAAAGACGCGAAACCCACUCCUGCACCAAAAGUUACGCCUGCCCCAAAAACACCAAACACACCCGCCCUAGUUGUCCCCAGCCCAGUUGCAAGCACUCCGGUGCCGACUCCAGUGUUAACCCCGGCCCCGACACCUGUCCCUCCUGCUCCGACAGCUGUCACCACUUUUGCGCCGACACCUGUCGCCACUCUCGCGCCGACACCUGUCACCCAGGCGCCAAUACCUGUAACACCGGCGCCAACUCCAGUUCUCCCCACUGCAACGCCGGUUUCCCUUCCAACGCAGAUUGUUGUGGCCCCAACCGCCACGCCAGUCACUGUUGCGCCGACGGCCACUCCUGUGCGGACAGCUGGCAACCCCGCAAACCCCACCUUAACCUCGAUUCCCACGAGCACCACCCCCAUUCCGAGUCCCUUGGUGGUGUUGCAAAACUUCACUUUGUCCCCAAGCGUCAAUGUUACGAUAAACCCCCUUUCUAACCUAACCAUAACCCCCUCCUUGAACCUAUCAAUCUUUCCCGUCCUGAAUUCUUCAAUCGCCCCUGGAUCGAACGCCAGUACAAGCACAGCCAUCAUUCUCCCCCCCGGUGCAAACGGAACUUUGGGCAACAUAACGACCACUUUGCCAAAGCAGACUGAUCCUCCAGCAGCAAGAGACAAGGGGGGGUCCAACACAGGGGUCAUCAUUGCGGCCGUCGUGAUUGUGGUGAUUGUAGUGGCGCUUAUUGCGCUGUGCACGGUUCUCUGUUGCUGCUACCGUCAGAGAAUAGCUGUCGCUUGGGGGCGCCGAGGAAAGGGUUCGCUCUUCAAAGGAGGUCGCGAGCCUCGCUUCGUGCCCUUCGCCGCCGCCCCAAGCGCGAGCCACUCAACCCCGUCGGUCACCGCUAACCCGAACCGAAACCCCGUCCAAACCCCAGCAGCCCCACCCAGCGCGGCCGCGGGUUUCUCGAAGGUGUACCCGUUCUCGUACCAAGAUAUCCAGAAAGCGACUUCGAAGUUUUCGGAGGCGCAUUUGUUAGGAGAGGGGGGUUUCGGGAUGGUUUACUACGGGCGGUUAGCGGAUGGGCGGGGGGUGGCCGUCAAGAAGGCGACCGCGGGCAGGCGGGAGACGCAGGAGCAGUUCAGGAAUGAGGUGGACUUCCUGAGCCGCGUGCAUCACCGGCACUUGGUCGCGCUAUUGGGCUACUGUCAGGAGGGCGGCGAACAGAUGCUCGUCUACGAGCUGAUGCCGGAGGGAUCCCUCUCCAACCAUCUCUACGGGAGGGGCGACCCGUUGACCUGGCAGCAGCGCAUGAAGAUCGCCCUCGGCGCUGCACGGGGCCUGGAGUACCUCCACGUGGGUGCGCACCCGGCGAUCGUCCACCGGGACGUCAAAACGGACAACCUCCUGCUGACAAAAGACUUCGACUGCAAGGUCGCAGACUUCGGGUUAUCCCGGCUGCCCUCAACCCAGGGAACGAGCGUCUCUUACGAGACGAUGCCGUCAGCCGUGAAAGGAACCUUAGGUUACUUGGACCCCGAUUACGUCACGGGGAACCCGAUCACGACCAAGAGUGACGUGUACAGCUUCGGCGUGGUCCUGCUCCAGCUGGCCUCCGGACGUCCGGCGAUUGACAUGCGGUCCGGGUCCGAAUGCCGAUCGCUUGUCGAUUGGGCCCGGCCGUUCCUCCAAGCUCAGAACUACGGCCCGGUGAUGGACCCCCGGCUGCACGGGCGCUUCUCCCGUGACGACUUCGCGCAGCUCUGCGCGCUCGCGGCCGCGUGCGUCGACCGGUCGCCCCUCCGCCGGCCGUCCAUGACCGAAACCGUCAGGAUUUUGGAGGUCUUAGAGAGCGCCGCGCGCCUAGCCGACGCAGCGCCGGCGCUCGGCGGCGCGUUCCACGCGCUGGGGCUCGGGAAAUUCUCGCCGGGCGCGAGCUCGAGCGAAUCAUUUUCGGGGGGGAGUUUUGCGGGCGCGUUUGAUGGGGGGCACGGCGUGACUUCGUCCCCGGGGGGGCGUUCUGCCGGUGCGUUUGAGGGGGGUAAUGGAGUUUCAAACGGGUCGGCGGUUCCGUUUGUGAGACGGUAUGAGUGGAGAAGUGGGUCGUCAACGCAGAGCGGAAUGCUCUCGAGUCGGCCGCCGAGUGACGGGUCGGGGCGCCGGGAUAUGGAAAGUUUUUCGGGAAACCUCGGAGAGCUGACGGUCUCAGAGGUGAAUCCCCGGUGAGGUGGACCGGGCAGACGACGAAGAGUUUGUUUGAUGACGGUUUGGAAGGCCCGCCGGGUCAUCGCAAACCGGCUGGUCGAACGGGGUUGACACGGCUUGAAAGCAGUGCCCGGUAAACUCCACUGAGGCAGUCAACAGGAACACACCCUUGCAUGAGCGGCUGUUGAACGGGCACUCGAGGCAGAGCUCAUCGGCCAGGAGCGCUUUCGGUGAUCUCAAAACGGGCGGUUAACACUGAACGAAAUGUUCUGGAGUUCCCGCCGGUUGUGAAGUACUCGGCAGGCGACUCGACGAGAAACACCGCAUUGAUUGCGCCGCAAAUCGGCGAGGCUUGCUCGCCGUUCGGCCGCUGUUGAGGCAGAGCGAAUAUGCAUGGGCCCGCUUCGGGUCAAGCGAGCAAGUCGACGUUCUCAAUAUGCCCUCCACGACUGUGACCAGCGGGUCAUGGUCCUGCACCACCGGAGACUGGCGCCAGAAUGUCCAGCUCGUCAGACUCGGCCUCUGCUUAUGUUCCUAACUUAUUGCUCUAGGCAGGCAAGAGGAAAAGUAGUGAACUAGAUAGGCGAGUCAUCAAUUUUGGAGUUAGUAGAGAGGAAGGGCUAGCUAGGUGUUUCUUAGUCAAAGGUUUGGCGGAAGACGCCUAAGCAGCAAAGCUAGCAAAGGCACGCGCGUUGCUGAGUUCGUAGGGGUCGGAGGCUAGCUGUCAGGCACGCCGGAAGAUCUAGGUAUAUGAGUUGAGCGAGCAGUCCUCUUAAACUUUUGGUAGUUGUUUAGUACGGAGUGAAGUGAUUCAUACAGAGUCACGUUUUAGUUUAGUUGGGCGUUGAUUACUCUGGUGUCUGUUAGAGAGCGCAGCGCUUGCGCGUGUUAGUCUGGGCGGCUCAAGUUCGAGCAAGCCUGAACCCUGUUCAUUUGCGCAAGAUUUUUCCAGAAGUAUCCAUAUCAACUCAACAGGUUUGACAUGAAGUGCCGUGUCUCUCCAUUUGAAGAGUCCACA